CGCCGCUGCGCCCGGGGCGGUGCCGGAGCCUGACCCGCUGCUCCGCGGGCCCGCAGCAGAUGCCAUGUUGCCUCAGAAGAUACCUUCCGGAAUAGCCAUGAGCUGUCGUUGGAAAGUCCUGGGAAUUUUAUUACUAUUUCUUCAAAGUGCGCUGUCUCUCCAGCCCAGAGUGCUGCUGGUAUCUUUUGAUGGAUUUCGAUGGGAUUACAUCUAUAAAGUCUCAACUCCCAAUUUCCAUUAUGCCAUGGAGAACGGGGUUCAUGUCAAGCAGGUCACCAAUGUGUUCAUAACAAAAACGUACCCCAACCAUUACACCCUGGUGACUGGUCUCUACGCAGAGAGCCACGGCAUCGUCGCUAAUGAGAUGUACGAUCCUGUUCUGAAUGAAACCUUCUCUCUGACCAAAAUGAAUACCUAUAACCCCAAGUUCUGGGAAGAGGCCAUCCCGAUAUGGAUAACGAACCAGAGGAAAGGACACAAAUCUGGGGCAGCCAUGUGGCCUGGAACAGACGUGAAAAUACACGGAGUGUUGCCCACACAUUAUAUGCCCUACAAUGAAACCGUUCCCUUUGAAGACAGAGUGGCCAAGCUUAUUGAGUGGUUUACAUCAGAAGAACCCAUAAACUUUGGUCUCCUCUACUGGGAACAGCCUGAUGAAAUGGGACAUUUUCUGGGCCCAGACAACCCACUUAUGGGACCGGUAAUUAGUGAUAUUGACAACAAACUGGGAUAUCUCAUCUCCAAGCUGAAGGCGGCGAAGCUGUGGGGUGUGAUAAAUGUCAUCAUCACCAGUGAUCACGGGAUGUCAGAGUUGUCCUCAGAGAGGGUCAUUGAGCUUGAUCAGUAUGUGGACAGAGAGCUCUAUAAAGUCAUUGACCAUUCUCCCACAGUAGCCAUUUUGCCAAAAGAAGGCAAACUGGAUGAAGUAUAUGAAGCUUUGGCCAACGCUCAUCCCAACAUGACUGUAUAUAAAAAGGAGCAGAUUCCAGAUAGAUGGCAUUACAAACACAACAGUAAAAUUCAGCCCAUUUUAGCAGUGGCUGAUAAAGGAUGGGAAAUUGUACAUAAUAAGUCUGAUGUUUUUAUGGUUGGUAACCACGGGUAUGACAACAUCAUACCAGAAAUGCAUCCCAUUUUUGUGGCAGUUGGGCCUGCUUUCAGAAAGAAUGCCACCAAAGAAGUCAUGAAUGCUACAGACUUGUACCCCUUGCUGUGUCAUCUGCUUCGUAUUGACCCUCUGCCGAACAACGGCUCCCUCAACUCCGUGAAAGACAUCCUUGCUGAAGUUCCUGGAGCCUUUGGAGCAGACACCUGUUCCACAGUCAUAGGAGUCUUCUUGGGCAGCUUGCUUGUUCUGGUUUUUACUGCAGUUUUUGUUAAGCAUUUUGUCCUUGCCCAAGCAAAUUCCAUGCACAUCCUACACACUGAAGUUGCCCAGCCACUGCUGCAAGAUCAUUAACACUUGGGAUUAUUUCCUGUCUGAGGCUUGAAAUAAGCUUAUACAGAGAAAAUAAGUAAUAAGAGAUGGAUCAGCAUAAAUAUCUGGAGUAAAAGGAGGUGGAUGCUGAUCCAUUGGUACUCUGAGGCACGUACAGACCAGGGAUGCAGAGAAAGAGCAUGUUCCUGUUUCACCCUGCAGCCACUUCAUCUUCCAGGUGUCAAAGAUACUGUAGGUAAACCUGGAAAGCUGUUUAUGUAUGUAGACAUGUAGUAACAACAGACCUCAAAUACCUUAUUAUAGCUAUUUUUAGAUAAAUAACAUCAGCUGAGGUGCAUUUCACAGACUAUUAAAUGGUGAUUUCAUUUCCACCCUCUUUUUUUUUUUUUUUUUUUGUUCCUUGAGAGGUUUUUUGAGUCUCUUCGAUUCUAACAAGUCACUGAAUGGGACUAAACUUCUUUGUUUUUUUUUUUAACUGCCCUGCCCAAGGAAGCUCUUGGUCACCAUUACAGACAACUUGGUGGGUUAAAUCCUGUGGAAAACAACAUUAUUUUUCAGCUAGGUCACGAGUGCUAAGUCUCUACAUUUAGAAUUAGGCAUAUUUCUUCAAACUACUCCGUUAAUUGUAGCCCCAGAAUAUGAAUCUAAGUGGUAUUGCCUUUAGCAAUCAGUAUUAAACUGCUUGAUUCUUAAUUUAAAAAAAAUAUUAUUUCGGUAAAUACAGGUCUUUACCAUUUUAAGUAUGAUUUUAAGUAAACUUAGGUCUUCACGUUUUUUAUUUCCUGUACACUGGACUAAAUUUUCUAGAAGUUCCAUGCAGCUGGCAGGAUAAAGACACAAGCACCACACCUGUAUAUCCAAAUGGAGUCUUCUAUAUUUCUGUGAUAAGAAGGUUCUUAGAGACUAAGGGAGAUGAAUCAGUUAAGGAACAUGGAUAUUCAGGCUGGUUUCAGAGUUCUGUUCCUGGGUGUUCAUCUGAUCUGUUAUCAAAGACUCUUCGUUACUGUGAGUUUGACUUGUGUCUUGUGCUUUAUCUGCUGUGCCUGGUGGACCUUAGAAUUGGAUAAGCAGGAUUCGAGUUGCAAUUUAUGGAGCAGCCAUAUAAAUCUUAAGCCAUAUAUGCUCUUAAAACUGAACAAGCACACUUUAAUAUUAAAAAAAAAGGUGUAAGACUGGAGUUUGUUCUUCCGGAGGAAAGCCUCUGUCAGGGAAAAAUAUUAAUUCUGAGUCAACAAAGCUACAUAUUAUUCUGAUCCUUUCAUGUGUGGCAAUAAAUCUUCUUGCUAGUGUAGUUGUGGGGUUUUUUUGUGAGCUCACUUAAAUGGUAGGUGAGAAGCUGCUGACUAAGGUUUGUGUGAAAAACAUGGUCUGAAGUGAGAAAAGUUGUCUCACUGUCAGAGUUUUCCCCUUCUCCCUCUGUGAGAUAGUAUUUCUCAUCACUUUGAUGCUGAGCACAAUGCCUGAAGGAGAAAGAAACUUUUAAAAUUCAUGCAGAAAUAGCAAACUGAGUAUUUUUAAGUGCAAUUUAUAGCUGUAUCCACAGCCCCCAGCAGAGGGCAAGGAUGGGAACACCUCGGCUUUGGUUGUGCUCUGCCGAGGAAACGGUGUGACUGACAGUACUGCAAGGGGAGGGUUUGCAGUACAAAACUCGUUUUGCUGGACUAAAUUCCAGACUUAAUGAUGACCUGUUGGGUUCCUCUGUAAUGGCAGGGACAUUUGCUUAGCACCAACCCCAACCUGUCUUGCAGACAGAUGUGGACGUUUCCAGAGGCCACACCUGGGUUCAGCAAGUGCUUGAGAGGGAAGGCAGUGAAAUAAUCCAACUUAAGGGAUCUGCUGUAAGUUUAGCUGUAAUAGUAGCUUUAGGAAGGCAGGAAACAUGCAGAUCUGUUGGGAGACAGCUCUCAGUUUGGGAGAUAUAUGUGAAAUAUUGCGAACUUAUCCGACUCAGUGCUGUUGCUAUGCUGUGAACUGUCUUUUUCCUGUAUUGCCAUUUUCUUAAGAAAACACUGAAGGAAAAGGUCUGUAAAGCUGAUUCUCAGUAGAGCUGGCCGGCCAUUAGCUAUGCCUUAGUGUGUGUUUAAGGAAAGAUCUACAGGCUUGGAUAAGGCAAUAACAGUGGCAAUUGGAGAUGCCAUAACCCUCUCUUGUAGCUACUGCAAUUAUGCACUUUGGAACAUGCUGCUUUAAUAGAAAUUCUUCUUAUUGCAGCAAUUUCAUAGCAGUAAUCAUGGCAGAUGUGAAAAUAACUGGGUUGUAAUCUCAGAGUUGUUCAUUAACCCCCCCCUUUAAUUGUGGCAGGUGUAGUUCUAUCAGCCAAAGUAAGUCUUGAUUUUAAGGAGGGGACAGAGUUGGUCAGUGUUGUUCAGUCAUCCUGGACUUAGAUUUACCUGUCCAAAUGUGCAACAAGGGAAGAGCAGUAAGUUUCCUGCGACAAAGGCUUUGGGAACAAUAAUACUCAAAAUAAUUUGGGGACAUGGAUGUGAGAAUUGUGUGUGUCAUUGUUCUGUAUUGCACUGAGGCCCUUCUUUGAGGAGGGUAAAAUAAAACUUUGUAAAAAAAAAAGAAGGGAAUCUUGUAGUAUUUGAGUAUUUCAGUUUAGGGCUAAACAUUUCCUUUGUUCUUUGGAGUAUUUGCAGGUACCUUUUGGGUAGUUCCUUGUUAGUAUAUUUGCCCAGCUGGUGUCAAACACUGUUUUAAGUUGUUGGGUGUGAGCUUAAUGGAAUUGAAAGCACAGAUGAUGAAAGCACAGCAAUUUUUUCUCUGAUGUGACAUUUUGUCAGACUAUCUUUUUGGGUGGGGAGGACAUGGGAUUUGGUUUCUGUGUAUAUGAUACUUUCUAUGAUGUGCAAACAAGUUUAUUGGAAACUGGAUUUGAGUACACUCUGUACUGCUUGUAACUUAAGCUUGGAAACCAAGAGUGAUGCAUGAUGUUGUGUUUCAUUACUGACCUGUGAAGCGUACAGAUGUCAAAUGUUUUCUUUGUUUCUUCUUGUUUGGAACUGGUGGAGUUGAAAUACAUCUUUGCUGUAGUCCUACCAA